CAUUACUAUCAGAAUGUCUGUGCAUACAGCUACUCUUUUGUUUGGUGGGACUGGGAGCGGUGGGAGAGAGAAAUUGACUGGAUGGCAUUGAAUGGUAUUAAUAUGCCAUUAGCAUUUACUGGUCAAGAAGCCAUAUGGCAAAAGGUAUACAUUUCAUUGGGCUUCAAUCAAACUGAAAUAGACAACUUUGUUGUUGGUCCUGCAUUUCUUGCAUGGAGUCGUUUGGGGAACAUGCAUAGCUGGGCAGGACCAUUGCCAGCCUCCUGGAACAAACGCCAGUUGAGUCUACAGCACCAGAUUCUUCAGCGGAUGAGAUCUUUGGGUAUGUUGCCAGUCCUUCCUGCCUUCUCCGGAUUUGUACCUGGUGCCAUUAAAAGAUUGUUUCCCAAAGUAAACAUCACUAGGCUAGGGAGCUGGGGACAUUUGAACUGUUCUUACUCUUGUUCUUUUCUGCUGGAUGCCAAGUCUCCACUCUUUCAGCAAAUAGGCAUGACGUUUCUGUCUGAACUAAUAAAAGAAUUUGGUACUAACCAUAUUUACAGUGCAGAUACAUUUAAUGAAAUGGUCCCAAGCUCUUCUGACCCUAAAUAUUUAUCCACUGUGAGCAAUGCAGUCUUCAAAUCAAUGACGCAAGUGGACCCUUUGGCAAUUUGGCUCAUGCAAGGUUGGCUCUUUGUGAAUAGACCAUCAUUUUGGCAGCCAACUCAAAUCAAAGCUUUGUUACGAGGAGUGCCGUUGGGAAGGAUGAUUAUUCUAGAUUUAUUUGCUGACAAUAAACCGGUAUAUUCCUUCACUGAAUCUUUCUAUGGACAACCUUUUAUAUGGUGCAUGUUGCAUAAUUUUGGUGGCAACAUAGGAAUGUACGGAACAGUAGAAUCUAUCAAUAAAGGUCCUUUUGAAGCUCGGUCUUUCCCACAUUCUACCAUGGUGGGCACAGGAAUAACACCAGAAGGAAUUGAACAGAAUGAUGUUGUGUAUGAGCUGAUGAAUGAAAUUGGCUGGUGCCAAGAACCUUUAAACCUCACAGAAUGGGUUAUGUCAUAUGCACAAAGACGGUAUGGAAAGAAAAAUGACGAUGCUGUAGCUGCAUGGUUGCUGCUAUUUCAAAGUGUCUACAAUAAUACUUCGUAUCAACCAGAUCAUAACAGAAGUCCGUUGGUUCACAGACCCUCUUUGAAACUGGAUACUUCUUUAUGGUAUAAUAAAAGUGAUGUCUAUGAAGCAUGGAGGCUAAUGCAAGCAGCUGCUUCUGAUCUGUUCUUUAGUGAGACUUUCAGAUAUGACCUUGUUGAUGUGACAAGGCAAUCUGUUCAGCUCUUAGUAUCAGAAUUUUAUGAAGACCUCAAGAAUGCAUUCUUAAAACAUUCUGUUGUCAGGCUGCGUACUUCAGGAAAUGUUCUAGUGAAUAAUUUACUACCACAACUUGACUGUCUCUUGUCCAGCGACAGACACUUUAUAGUAGGCCGCUGGUUACAAACAGCUCGGUCCUUGGCAACAAAUGAGGAAGAAGCAGAACUAUACGAGUUCAAUGCCCGAAGUCAAAUUACUCUUUGGGGACCAGGUGGGAAUCUUUUGGAUUAUGCAAAUAAGCAGUGGGGUGGUCUGGUUAAUGAUUAUUAUGCACUGCGUUGGGGUCUCUUUGUAUCAACUCUUAUUAAAUGUCUUGAGAAGAGAAUUCCCUUCAAACAAGCUUAUUUCAAUCAAAUUGUCUUUCAAGUGGAGCAAGGAUUUAUCAUCAACAAAGUAAAAUAUCCAGACAAACCUGUGGGAAAUACUUAUGAGAUUGCAAAACAAUUGUUCCUAACAUAUUACCCCAGGCAAUGAAAAGAUUAAUUAAUCACAAAUUCAGUAUUGAUAUGGACUCAUUUUAACUUUGGUUUAAAUGAUAUAUACAGGUUUUGUACUGUUUCAUCUUACUAAGUAAAUAAUGCACUUGAAAAAUGUUUAUAAAAAUUUAAAUUACUUUUUGGGGACCAGGUGGGAAACUUUUGGACUAUGCAAAUAAGCAAUGGGGACAUCUGGUUAAUGAGUAUUGUGCAUUGUGUUGGGAUCUCCCUGUGUCAACACAUAUUAAAUGUCUUGAGAAGAGAAA